AUGGACGGCGAGAACCUCGACAGCCGCGUCAUCUUUCGGUACCUCACCGUGCAAAAGAUUGUCGAGAACUACGGUGCCGUCAUGCGCGCGGACUUUACCGUUCUUGUUGAAAUGGUCGCCGCAAGUGAUGGACUCGACGCUCGGGAAGAGACUGCGAGCGACGGCUAG